UCUUUGCAGAUGCUGUUCCCUCUGAAGGGAUGGGAUGGACCAAUGAGAGUUCCCUGAUGGGUUUCAUCCUUGUAGGCUUCUCAGAUCACCCUCACCUGGAAGUUGUGCUCUUUGUAUUUGUCCUCUUCUUCUACCUUCUGACCCUUGUGGGAAACUUCACCAUCAUCAUUGUCUCAUACCUGGAUCCCCCUCUCCACACUCCUAUGUAUUUCUUCCUCAGUAACCUCUCUUUACUGGACCUUUGCUUCACUACUAGCCUUGCUCCUCAGACCUUGGUUAACCUGCGAGGACCAGAGAAGACCAUCACUUAUGGUGGUUGUGUGGUGCAGCUCUACAUUUCUCUAGCGCUGGGCUCCACUGAGUGCAUCCUCUUGGUUGUGAUGGCCUUGGAUCGUUAUGUUGCUGUCUGCAGGCCCCUCCACUAUGUAGUCAUCAUGAAACCACGGGUAUGCCAACAGCUGGCAUCCAUCUCUUGGCUCAGUGGUUUGACCAAUUCCCUGAUCCAUGCAACAUUUACCUUGCAAUUGCCUCUCUGUGGAAACCACAGGUUGGAUCAUUUUAUUUGUGAAGUACCGGCUCUCCUCAAGUUGGCUUGUGUGGACACCACCAUCAAUGAAUUGGUGCUUUUUGUUGUUAGUGUCUUGUUCCUUGUAAUUCCACCAGCACUCAUUCUUAUCUCCUAUGGCUUCAUAAGUCAAGCUGUGCUGAGGAUCAAAUCAGUGGAGGCGAGGCACAAAGCCUUUAACACGUGCUCCUCCCACCUUGCAGUGGUCAUCAUUUUCUAUGGCACCAUAAUCUACAUGUACCUGCAACCCAGCAACAGUUAUGCCCAGGAACAAGGGAAGUUCAUCUCCCUCUUCUACACCAUGGUGACCCCCACCUUAAAUCCUAUCAUCUAUACUUUAAGGAACAAGGAUGUGAAAGAAGCUCUGAAGAAACUUCUCUCAGGAAAAUUGUGCUCCCUACAGAAGUGAUAUACAA